AUGCCCAGGAUGGGUGACCGCUCACACAGCUCCCCACACCAGCGUGGUCUCUGUCAGGAGUCACGGGCCCUGCAUUUUCAAGUUGGGACUGCGGAAUCCAUGGUUUCACCUCCUUCCUUCGACUGUGUCCUGCUGUGGCUGCUGCUACUCACAGGGUCUUUGGAAGGGGUAUACGUAGCUGAAGUGGGUCAGAAUGCUGAUCUGCCCUGCACCUACACUCCCACCCCUUCUGAGGAUCCUGUGCCUGUCUGCUGGGGCAGGGGAUCCUGUCCAGUGUUCGAAUGUCAUAGUAUGGUGCUCAGCACAGAUGGAAGGAACUUGAAAUAUCAGACAUCCAACAGAUACCAGCUGAAGAGGAGUAUCCACAAAGGAGAUGUGUCCUUGACUAUAGAGAACGUGACUCUAGCUGAUAGUGGGAUUUAUUGCUGCCGCAUCCAGUUCCCAGGCCCAAUGAAUGAUAAAAAAUUAAACCUGGAGUUGGUCAUCAAACCAGCCAAGGUCACCUCUGCUCGGACUUCAUGGACAGACUUCACCGCAGCCUUUCCACGGAGGCUCACUACCAAGGGACGUGGUGCAGAGACACAGACACUGGAGGGUCUCCAUGAUGGAGAACACACUCAAAUACCCACGUGGACUAAUGAGUUACAAGACGCUGGUGCGACCACCAGAAUGGGAGUCUACAUUGGAGCAGGGGUCUCCGCCGGGCUGGCUCUCCUCCUUAUCACUGGUGCUUUAAUUCUCACAUGGUAUACUUAUAGCAAAGAGGAGUUACAGAACUCAAGCCUCCUCGCUUUGGGCAGCCCCCCUCCCUUGGGGUUAGCAAACACAGGAGCAGAAGGAAUGCGCUCGCAGGAAAACAUCUAUGUCAUUGAGGAGAACAUAUAUGAAAUGGAAGACCCAUAUGAAUACUACUGCUAUGUCAACAAUGAGCAGCAAUCCUGA